AAAAAUAAAUCAAGUAAUCUCAUUAGUAGGUCCAUAUUUACGCCUGUUAGUGAAGAAAAUUCCAAUUUCUUUGUCAUUUCUUUAAAUUUCUGAAUUUUAAAAACUUUUAAAACAACUGUUGGUACUGCAAGACUUAAAAAUAAGGAACAAAAACUGCUUUAUCUACUUAAACAAACACCUGAUAAAGCUUUAUUUCCUGAUAAAACAUGUCUGUUCUCUUAUUGGUCGGUGUUGAUGACGGAGGCACCGCGUCGUGUGCUGGAGCGAUCCAAAGGUCAGCGCCAAGUGUCCCAAUAAACAAACAAGCAGAACAAAUGGUGCUCUGACAAUGUUGGUGAGGGAAAGAUCAGUCGAUACGUUUGCAGUUAAAGAUUUCAAAAAGUCUUGUUGUAAAAAUGAUUUUAACUUAAAUCGAGGAGGAGUUCAAGACUUUUCUGCCUCCUCCUGGGAGAAGCAGGGGGGAAUGAGGUUAAAUGAUGAAGUUCUCAACCAGCAGCACAUUAUGGCCCAAUGUAAAGAAGCCCAAGAGCAGAUAAGGAACAACGUCAUUAACAUCUCCACAGUCAGAACCAUGAUCCACACGUAGAGAACAUGGAGAACCACCAGAAUCCCUCCAGAAGAACCCAGAAGAACCCAGAACAUCAUCUGAAGCUCUGCAGGCCUCACUGCCUCAGCUAAGGUCAGAGGUCAUGAUCCAGAACAUCAGAAGGUUUGUGUCCCACCACAUCUGGACUACAGCUGUCACAGCAUUUCAGAAUCAGAACACGCCUACAGACAAGCAUGGCGGUGGUGGUGUGGUGAUCUGGGCUGCUUCAGAACCUGGACCACUUGCUUUUAACUGAGGGAACCGUGAAUUCUGCUCUACAGCAGAAAAUCCUGAAGGAGAAGGUCCGACCGUUCAGUUCCAGCUCACCAAGGUUCUGCAGCAGAACCUCUGAUAUUCUGAUCUGGUCAGAAAACAGCAAAGUUAAGGUGGUUCUCCUCCCGGGUGGCUCAGGAACCGCAGCGUGUUCCUGUAACGCCUGCUGGUGUUCAGCGUGACGGUCCAGGCCGGACCUAUUUGCAUACCGCACAGUGGCUCAUUUGUUUGCGCCCGCCGUUCACCUGAUUUAUGCGGACCUCUUCAUCAGAGCGGUUCUGGCUGCUGUCGGACCCGGCUGCUCAUGUUUUCCCCUCAGGACUCUGCUUUGGGAUCAACUCCACAGGAUCCAACACCAUGAAGCGUGACCAGGAAUGGUUCCCAGACUCCGGUUCUUCGCUGAGUUCCUCUCCUCUGGUCUGCGUGAAAACAAGAGAACUCUGAACACGGACUUUGAUCCAGAACAUCUUCAAGUUCAGGUUCUGGCUGGGUGGAUCGGCAGGCCGGUGCCGAGCAUGAAGCUGAGCAGAGAUGAGAGCGAGGAACCGGAGCGGGCGGGUCCGAGUGAACCCGAGCAGGACCACACGGAGAACAGCGCAGGUCCAACAAAGAUGGCCUCCAUCGAGUUCCGCAUGCAGCAGCUGCACAACCGGCGGUUCCUGCUGCUGAAGAUGAAGCGCUGCACUAAGAAGGACGAAGACCACGAUGAAGGAAGCUCAGAGGAACCGAUCCCUGAAGAUGAUGACGAGCUGAGGGCCAUUCAGAAAGAGCUGGAGGAGCUGCAGGAGAAGAAGGAGGAGCUGGGGAGAGCAGGAGUGAGCUUCACAGCCAGCCCUAACAGAGUUCACCACGAGCAGCAGCCGUCGUACAAGGAGACGCCCCGUGGAGGGAUCUACAUGCUGCCUCCUCCUCAGCCCGCUGGAGACGUGACGGCCGCCGCAGCACAGGAACCAGGAGACAGCAUCCUUCCAGUGGAGAGGCUGGGCCCCACGGCCGGACUCACAAAGUGUCCGUCCUGCAGCGAGGUGGUGCUCACAGAAACCCAGAGCACUGUAAGCGAGACCAUGUGGAUCCUGUGCUUCCUGUGCUCCAUCGUGGGCUGCGUGGCGGGAUGCUGCGUGGUCCCCUUCUUCAUGAAGCGCCUCAGGAACGUCCGCCACCAGUGCCCCCAGUGCCAGGCCAAGAUCCACACCCAUCAGCCGCUCUGACCCCAGAGCUCUGCAGCAAAAGUAUUCACACCCUGGAACCUUUGCAUUUCCUCACCUUCCAGCCUCAGACUUUAUGCUGUUGGAUUCUUAGGCAUCACAGUUCAUGAUGGCCACCCGGCUCCCUGCCCAGGGCGCCCUUCUGGCGGGGCGGCACGAGCCCUCAGGACUGAGUUAUCUGCCCCCCCAGAGACUUUUCUGCCGUCAGCUCAUUGGGGAGAGGCGUCCUGUUGCUCAGAGAGGAACUACUGCAGGAUCUCUGUGGUUCAGCUACAACGUUAAAGGAUCAUUUACCUGGUUUUAAAUGCUCUGUCUUGCAUUUGAUGAUCCCUGCUUCAAAAUAUGCUGCACUGACUAUUCUUUUCUGAACAAAAUAUUUUUUGAAACACGAUUUGAAAGUCAUGACACCUUCAAUCUUCCUGUGAAAACACAAAAAUAUGUUUUUUGUGCAG